AAAGGAUGCACGUUAGCCGACAUCUCAAAUACACACAUCAAGAUUCAGGACUUCAGUUUUUUAUUUUUCAUUUUUAUGUUUCUUUUAUUUUCUUUUUUCCAUACAAGAAGAGAAUAGAAUAUAGAGUGAGUGGGCAAAAAAGAGUUUGGAUCGCAAGCGGGGUGCCCCACGGUGUGUACCUGAACCCUCAUUCUUCCUAAAAUUCCCCCUUCAAAACGAAGCGCAUCGCAACGCAAUCCAAAUCCCCUAAUCAAUGGAUUCGUUCCAGCAACAACCCCACGGCUACAUGAGGCCACCGCAACCGCCACCUCUGCCGCCGCACACGGCGGAUCCCCACCACCACCCGCACCACUUUCACCAGAUACCGCCGCCACCGCCCCAAGUCCCUUGGUUCUCCUCCCAGUUCCAAUACCGCCCUUCCCAGACCCCUUCCCCUCCGCCGCAGUGGCAGCAACCUCCGCCAGCUCCUCCGUCGAACGCUUAUUCCUACCACCCCAAUCAGUUCCCUCCGCCUCGCGCUCACGUGCCUCCUCCUCAGUUCACACCUCACUCCCACGUUCCUCCUCAGCCUUAUCCUCAGGAAUGGGGCAACCCAAAUUGGCCACCUAACCAGGGCUAUCCAGCCAAUAAGAAUGAAGAUUGGGCUGCUAAGGCCAGAGCUUGGGCUGAUGCUAAUGCUGCAAGGGAAAGUCAGCAUCCACAAUCACAUUUUUCACCUGCUGGAAGAAUGCAAGAGCAAAGCCAUUAUCAUGAUCAGUAUCAACUAUCUGUUGACUCACAUUAUACUGAUGUUCAAAACCAAACCCAUCCAUCAGCAAGCUAUCAACAAUUUUCCUACUUGGAUGCAUCUGUGCAGCGGAUUUCAGGACAUUCCCAGGAGCCUGCAUCUGCCAGUUUGGAGGCAUCAUAUAAUCAAGAUGGGCAUUCAUGCAGUGCUAGAAAUGGGACCGGCAUAGGAGAUUCGACUGUUUCAUUUGAACAAGGGAACUUGCCAACAAAUCCAUCAGUUCAUCAGCAGGAGGUACCUUCUAGUUAUAGUUCUGUUGCAGGUAAAGAGGCUGCUGAGCAGAUUCAACAAUCAUACUCGGCCUUUCCUUUGUCAAGUUCCUCAUCUCAAGAACACCAUGUGCAACCAUCAAUGCAUGCACCACCUUUUGCGUCUGGCUGCCACUCAGUUGACUCUGCUAUCAGUCUUGCUGAUCAACCAUUAGAUUUUGCACCUAGGUUUAAUCGUGAUAGUGACUUGCAAAUGCAAUCAACUUAUAGUCAUCAUGAUUCCAGCUCUUCAAUGAAUAACUGGGUUUCUCCAGUGGCACCUGGUGUUGGUUAUCCACCAAUACCACCAAUUCUUUCUUCUGGGCAACAGCAUGACCCUUCUAUCACCACUCCUGGUCAUGUGGCACCACCAUUUGGAAGGUUUCCUGGACCUGGCCUCCCUUCAACCAUACAACCAACUGGUGCACCCUUUACUCUUAGCACAGGAACCACAAUUCAUCCUACUGUGGCUUUCUCUGCUGAUGUGUAUGGGGUAUCUGGUAUUCCUGAUCGUCCUAAGAAGGCUUCAGUCCCUAACUGGCUGAAAGAUGAAAUAAAGAAAAAAGUCAUCCCUGCUCCUGCAGGGAAUCUGAAGGAGGAAACAUUUGUAAAUGAUGGCAUUGACAAAUCAUAUGCGAGAGGUGAUGAGGCAGAUAGUAAAAGCAUUGAUUCGUCUAGAUCAGCUGAGGAUGAAGAAGACGAAGAGGAUCAAGUUGAAGCAGCUAGAACUGCAGCAAUCAACCUAGAAAUAAAAAGAGUUCUGACUGAAGUUCUUUUGAAGGUUACUGAUGAAUUGUUUGAUGAAAUUGCAACCAAAGUUCUUGCUGAAGAUGAUUUUACUGCUGAAGUGGGUCACAAGGUUGCCACCUCAAACCAUAAGGCAUCAGCAUCUCCUCCCUCAGCUACAGUUCCUAAGGCAUCUGCAAAAGUUUUUGUUCCAAUCAAAGAGAAGGUAGAAAAUGUUGAUGCCAGUGAAAAAUCUAAUUCCAGCUCUCCUGGAGAUGUUUUAGGUCUUGGAAAUUAUGGUUCUGAUGCUGAUGAUGGAGACAAUGAAAUUGAGAGUUCCAGUGUGCCAACUCCUGCAAAAGAUGCUGCCUAUAAGUCAGGGAUUAAGAAACCUUUGUCAGAUACACAUGAUCUAUCUGUUAAUGGCAUUUCACAACUUGAUGAGCAUGCUAUAAGUGAAACUAAUUUGGUGAAUAAUCAGGUCAAAACUAUCUCUUUACCAUCCAGAAGUAGCAAUGGUGCUGCUACUGAUCAGUUGCAUGAUGACAAGGUGACCAAGGAAUCCAAUCAUUCACAUUCUUCCAAGGUGGUGUCUGAAGAUCUGAGGGAUAAUGGGCUUAAUUUCAUUGAAAGAAACCAUGAUAGAUUUAAUGGUUUUAGUUCUAAAGAUACUUCAGGGAUACCACGAUCUGAACUGCCUGGAAAGAACAUUAGUGUGGAAAAAGCAAUGGAUGAUCAUUCAGGUAGGGAAAGCAGAAAAAAAUCAGAAAAAAAUGAUCGACCUGACAGGAGUACUUCUGAGAAAGACUUUGUAAAGGAGGUACACAGUAGUAAGACUAAGAUAGAUGAAAAAGGUAAUGAGAAUCAAAGAAGAAAGGAUGAAAGGAAUCAGAAAAGGGACAAAACAGAUUAUGGCAGUGAAGCAAAAGAAAGAGUGAAACAGCACAGUUUAAGGCACGGGGAGAAGGCAAAGGAAUCAGACUCAAGGAAAAGAUCCUCUCAUGUUGAUGUCAAGGAUGAUAAAAAGGAAGCAGAAAAAUCCCAUAGAGGUAGUGCCACUGACGAUACUAGCCGGAAAAGGGAGCAUGCAAAGGAUAAGGGGGAACAUAAAUCAAGGCAAAAAGAUGCAAGUAAUAAUGACAGGCAUAGAAGAAGGCGUUCAUCUUCAGUAAGCAGUAGAGGUAGAACCAAGAAGGAUUGUAUUAAUCAUGCUGGUGAUUCAAGUGGUGAAGGAUCAGAUGGCUCAAAAAGGAAGCUGCAUUCAAGAAAGCGUGACUUAUCACCGUCUCCAGUCAGAUCUAAAAGAAGACAACUUUUGCGGUCUCCUCAUAGCAAGCGUUCUCAGCGCAGGCAUUCUCCCUAUACUUCUCUUGAUUCUUCCAGGUUUGUUGCCAUAGAGUUUUUCAAGAUUAAGAUUUAUGUUUUUCAGACAAACUUCCAUCAUCAUAUAAGAUUAAAGUCGCACAGGUGGGAAGGAGGUCAAGAUCCAGAUCACCUGUUCGGCGGCAGAGAUGAAUGGAUGGGGACAGAGAUGGUUGACUUUGCAUCUACGGGAUCUCAGGUGGAGCUAUGGUUAGUUUGGCUAUCUGGGUUUGCCUUCAUUUCUCUCUCUCUCUAUGCCACUCAGAGAUUAUCUUCACUAAAGGAUCACACCAGAACUUUCAAAAAUGCUAUCUUGGAUUCCACAAGUCUAAGUAAUAUUACCAUAUUCACAGCUCCUAAACCCUUUAAGGGCUCUAUUAGGACCAGACAAACACUAGCUAUUCGGUCAUGGUUGGCUCUGUCUCCAUAUGUUACAGUUGUUUUGUUCAGUCAAGAUCCUUCUGUUUCCUCUUUUGCAGAUGCUUUUGAUUCCAGGGUUUUAGUUGACACUAACAUUGAUUUCACCUUCCUUGGUACUCCUUUUUUCCAUUCCAUGGUUGCAAAAUCACGCUCAUACACAUCAGAGAUAUCUGUCAUCAUUGAUUCUGAAACCGUUAUCCUUUCUGGAUUCAUCUCCACUCUAAACCAUGUGUAUCAACUUGACCAUGAUUGGCUUCUUGUUGCUUCGGCUCAAAAUGUUUCUUCCUUUCCAUUCCAUUUGGAUGAGUCUGGGAAACAUUGGCAGACGGAUAAUAGGAAACGGAUGAAUGUCCAGGAGCUGCAGAAAAUACUUCAGCACAAUUGGCAGGGGAAACAUUGUUGUUAUUCAAGAAUGCUCAUGGUGUGGAACAACAAGGAUGCGCCUCUACAUAGUGGAGUUCUUCCUCCAUUCUUGUACGGUAAGGGUACACACAACAAUUGGCUGAUUCAUGAGGCCAUGUCAUCUGAGUUCAGAUUUGUGUUUGAUGCUAGUUUGACCAUCACAAGUUUCCAUCUGAAUGAAGAGGAUGAUUUCAGUCCUACACAUGGGAAUUCUAGUGCUGUAGAUAUUGAAAAUAGAAGUUGGGAGUACAUUGGCAAUUCCCACAUAGGGGCAAACUAUGGCUCAUUCUUCUAUAGUGAAGCUAAUUUCACUAGCCUUGUCAAACUUUUGAAGUGUAAUAAACAAUACAUUAUGGUUGAUACCAAGAAAAACAUUGUUUAUCCUAUUGGACACCAAGGUGCAAUGAACUUGAUGAAGGAAAAGGUUAUUCCAUCUUGGUUAAAGGAAAAUACAGUGUAUUGCAUCGAUCGUCUGAACUCACAUACAAAAUCAUUAGAUUGCUCUGUGAAGGAUCAGACGAAAAUUCCAUCAAUACUGGAGCUUCCAUUCUCCUUAGAAUCACUUCUUUCUAUCACUUCAGACAAAACUAAAACAGUUAUACUUACUGUUGCUGGAUAUAGCUACAAGGAUAUGCUCAUGAGUUGGGUUUGCAGAUUACGAAAACUUUCCAUUGAAAAUUUUGUUGUGUGUGCCCUUGAUAAGGAAACUUCUCAAUUCUCCAUCUUGCAGGGAAUUCCCGUUUUCACAGAUCCAAUAGCUCCAAGUAACAUCAGUUUUGAUGACUGCCACUUUGGCACAAAGUGCUUCCAAAGGGUGACAAAGGUGAAGUCAAGAAUUGUUCUGAAGAUUCUCAAACUAGGUUACAAUGUUCUUCUGAGUGAUGUUGAUGUAUACUGGUUCAAAAACCCAGUUCCCUUGCUUCACUCUUUGGGCCCCGCAGUUCUUGCUGCACAGUCUGAUGAAUACCAAAAUCAAGGACCAAUAAACCUACCUAGACGCUUAAACUCCGGCUUCUAUUACGCUCGUUCCGAUUCUCAAACAAUUGCAGCCAUAGAGAAAGUUGUAAGACAUGCAGAAACUUCAGGCUUAUCAGAGCAGCCAAGCUUCUACGACACGUUAUGUGGGAAUGGAGGAUCCAACCGUGUUGGUGACGACAAAUGUGUGGAACCUGAAACAAACCUAACGGUACAUUUCUUAGACAGAGACCUUUUUGCAAACGGUGCUUACCAAGACCUGUGGCGGGAAAAAAACGUCAAAGAAGCAUGUUUGAAGAAGGGUAGUUACAUCAUCCACAACAACUGGAUCAGUGGGAGGCUCAAGAAACUUGAGCGCCAAGUCUUGUCUGGUUUAUGGGAGUACGAUCCCAGCACAAGAAUGUGUCUAAGAGAUGGUGAAACAGAAACAUUCAGAGUGCAUAACAACUUUGAGGUGCAGGCUAUGCUGAAGCGUGUGGUUCACUCCUUAGACCUGGUAGAGCAAAAAGAGAAGGAUUCCAGAAGGAAGAACCGUCUGAGAGGAAGAGAGGCUCCGCCAACGAAGGACUUUGUUGUGAGUAUAAUUCAUGCAGUCCCUGUGUUCAAGUUGAUGAGAAAGUAUCCGGGGAUGUGUGUAGCGGGCCCCGAUGUGUUCAAAUUUCCUCAUCAAUCAGUGUUUUGGCAUGAAGAUGUUCCGGUGCCAGGCCACAAGUACAUCUUGAUCUCGUUUCGAGAUGUCGAUAAGCUGAAAAGUAAGCUCUUGGAGGAAGAGAGGAGCAAAGAGGCUAAUGGAGUGGUGCUGGAAACAAAGACCAGGUCUCCUAGUGGACACAAGGACAAAGUGAAAGUGUCAAAUGGUGUAGCAGGCCAUGAGGCACUGGAGACAAUGAUCACAAGUGGAAAUGGAAAAAUGAAAGAGCCAAAUGGAGUUGCAGGCCAAGAGAUAAGUGUGUCGUUGUCUCCCAAAGACAAAGUGAAGAGUGUAGAGAUGGUGGAUACAGACAUGGAAGGUUCUCUAGGUGAGGGAGGUGUAGAGGAAUCUUUUUUCUCUGCAAAGGACUUCUAUGCCCCUAAGGAGAAGUCCACAAGCACAAGACCUUCAAGAAGAAAAGGACUAAAAGGGAAGAAGCCUUUUGUGGCACCUCUUCCAAAGGCAAAAAAACUAUAUAGGAGUUUGGGAUGGCAACCCAGCCUCCCAACUGUGAAGGAACCCUCUCCAUGAUUUUGUACUGGGUUUUCCUUUGUAUAACUCUUGUUCUGCUAUGAAACUUGAGUGCCAACCAAUUGCUGAUUUUUCUUCAUGGAUCUAAUAGAUAGCUGUUGCAUCAUAUUAAUAAAAUCAAAACACUAUUCCCAUU